AUGGCCGCCGCAGCGGCAGCAGGCGCGGCAUCCUCCCUUGUCCCCUCCACUUCCCAGCGCCGUCUCCCCUUCCGUCCCACCCCCACCCGCCAACCCCUCCUAGCCGCCAACAGGACCCUGACGCUCUCCCCGAAGCCACCCCGCCUCCUGCAUCCCCUCGCCGCGUCCUCCUCCUCUCCGCCUCCGCCCGAGGAUGCUGAGCCAACCGACCCCGUCAAGCUCGCCUUCGCCCGCGCCGCCGCGUACAAGAAGGAGAGGACUAAUCCGACGCCCAAGCCACCGCCACCGCCACCGUCGCCUUCCCCUCCGCCGCAGCCUUCCGCAAAGGAGUCCAGCGGCAGCAAAGAGGCAUUCGAGCGGGCGCUGGAGUACAGGAACGGCAACGGGGGAGGACUGGACGGCGGCUCCCCGCUUCUCAAUCCGUCGCCGACUUUCGGCCAAAGCACGUUUACUAGUAAAGAAGGUGCAUUUGGCAAAGUGGCAAAGAAAAAGGGAGGGUAUGCGUACGAUGAGACGGACUUUUUGGGCCUCGGUUUCUUCGAGAAAAAACGUUAUCAAGGUCCACCACCAGGGCUAUCUCAAGGAAUUGAUCCUUUUUCAAAUGAAGAUUUUCCUGAGGUGGAGAUAGUAGUUGGCGACCCUAGUAAAUUUGGGAAGUCUCGUCGUUCAACUGAAAAUCAACCUCUAGAUGAUAGCGAGUCUGAGGAAACUUCACGUUCAAAAGACGGCAAACAAAAUGAAGAUAGCAAGCUUGAGGAAACACCACUUUCAACUGUUAUUGAACCUGAAGAUGACGAAAACUCAGAGUCGUACAAACCCAGGGUUACAACGUGGGGAAUGUUUCCACGGCCACAAAAUAUUUCAAAGGCGUAUGGUGGUGGAAGAAAUAUAAGCCUUGGUGGAGAGACUCAAAGUGCUGAAGAGAAAGCAGCUAAAGAUAAACGUACCAGAGAACUACUAACUGCGUAUAUUGGUGGAAAAAACAAGACACUCGAUGCAAAAACAAAGGCAGAGUGCACCAAGGCACUGAAGGAAGGUGACGAACUUAUGAAUGCUGGAAGGCUGAAACAAGCUUUGCCUUAUUAUGAAAAAGUGAUGCAGGCUGCGGACUUUAAGACCGAACUUCAUGGAAUGGCUGCUCUCCAGUGGUCCAUCUGUCUGGAUUCACUCUGCAGGUCCAAGGAAGCCAUGGGCAUGUAUAGCAAGCUCAAGUACCACCCAAACGAUCGCGUCAGCAAGAAGGCAAAGAUGUUCAUGUUCAGCUUUCAGGCGGCGGACUUCCUGAAGGUCGACGGCGUGCCAGUGCCGCGCAACACGGGCUACGAGGGGUACUUCGACCAGUUUGGCGGGCAGAGGAACUACUACGCGAACCCGGACGAGCCCGAGGUGGGGAUCCGGCAGAUCAUCCCGUACAUGCUCUUUCUCGUCUCCCCCAUUUUCUUCGUCGCUUUUAUCGCUUUGAGAAAGUCUUUGAUGCUGUAA